AUGUCAACAGGAAUGAGCGAGAACGGGACGCUUUCAAAUGUGUGGGACACUAAACUACAACAAUUCCACGGAGGACAGGAUUGGAACCAUUUGGAUAAUUUUAUCGAAGAUUUUUCAGUCACCACGAAUGCCUUAGGAACACCGAAAGCCGCGUUGGAAGCAUCUAGGGAAGCUGUCAGUAACUUUCAAUCGUCUCAAUCAUCCAACCAGGAGCCCGCAAAAACUUCCCUCGCUCAAUUUCUUUGGCCUGAUGAUUAUCUAAAGCACAAGGACCGAUUACUCCUCGGAAAUGGCGCAAGUGAACUGAUUGAUUUGGCGAUACGUUCUGCUCCGAGCGGUCCUUGGAAACCGGGUCCUUGGGAUACCCAAUACAAAGAAUAUCAAAGAUCGGCAGAAGCUAACAAUAGAACGGCCCUUCCUUCCAAAGACACCAAUCGAGCCACCCUUCUAUGCAUCGUAAACCCCUGUAACCCUACUGGGGAUUACUUCACUGUUGAAGAAUUAAAACGAUGGAUCAUCGAUAAUGUUGAAGAUGGAGGUGUCGUCCUUGUUGAUGAAUCAAUGCAACCUUGGCAGUUGUCCGAGUUUCGAUCCGAUUCUCUCAUUUCUCAACACGAAUUUCUUGCCUCAAUUUACCGGGAAAGCAAUGUUUCAGUUUAUGUUAUACAUUCGUGGACGAAGAUUUGGUCAUGUGCGGGUUUACGCGUAGGGUCCGUCGUGUGUCCCACGGCUCAGCAUUGUGAUGCAUUAAAAAGGAUACAGGUCCCUUGGAGCGUUAAUGGUCCAGCGCUGGCGUUUUUGGAUACAGUUGUCAAGGAUCAUGAGUAUAUGGAACGAACAUGGGAAGUCACAACGCGAUGGCGUGCCGAACUUAUUGAUAGGCUAAUGUCUCUUUCGAAAGCCAUCGUUGAUUCUCAUAAUGACGAAAGAUUAGCCUGGAAAUUCCAUGGUAAAAAGUUUUUGUCGUGGGUAUGGAUCGACAUGAAGACCAUUGAAAUCGCCGAAGAAGCUGUGGCCAAAGCCAAAGCCGCGGGUGUACCUGUGAGGAGCGGAAAUCCGGGUUAUGACCGACCAACCUUUGUGCGAGUGGCGGUUAGAGAACCUUCUAAAGUGGACUUUUUAAUCCAAGCAUGGAAGACAUUAGGAAUUCGAUAA